AUGGCUACAGCUGCAGCUGAAAAACCUGCUGUGUUGCUGGUUCAUGAUGAGUAUGCCAAAAACUCUUCCAUAAACAACAAGGUCUUAGAUGUAAUCAAAGAAAAUGAGCCAGGCAUACCAGUAGUCUGCACGGUACUGAAAGCAACAGAAGAGGAAAAACAGGAAGCACUGAAUGUUGGAGUGAGACUUUUAUCACCUUCACUUGACCAAGAUGACAAUAGGGCUCCAUCUCUGGAUUGGCUGACCUUCGACCAUCACUCCAGAUACCCACAUCUUCCCUCCAAGAUUAGGAGCAUCGUUGGACAUGCUGGUAUCACCAGCAGAGCAGCAGUGAGGAUAAAACAAGAACGCUACCAAGAUGCUAAACUCAUCCUUGUUACCAGUGACAUACCAGAGGACACAGAGUAUUACAAGGGAGAGGAGAAGGCCAUGGGCAUUGGGAAGAAGGAAGACUCCAUCCUUGAAGAUGCACAAGAAGCUGAUGUUGUCUUCUCUCUUGGUGACAAGAUAUUUGACCACUUCGAGAACCAAUUCAGGGCCAUACCUGCCAACAAGCGACCUAAGCAUGUCAAAUUUGCUCCAAGGUCUUCCAAGAUUUUCCAAGAUUCAGUGGCUGAAUACAAGGACACAAAGACAAUGGUGGUCCUGUCCAUUGGUAGAGUGAAGGGUGUUGAGAAGCUUUCCACUGAAUCUCUCAGCAUUGUUGCAGACAAGAUGAACAUCAAGUGGCGAGUCAUAGUCAACAAAGAUGACUUUGAAGCAACCAAUGCAAUUCUUGAGCAGUAUAAGUCAGCAAACUUACAGAUAACCCUCAUCCCCUACGGCACACAGAAGGACAUCUGUAAGGAGAUGAUGAAGGCCCACCUGGUCCUGAUGCCUUCUCGUGCUGAACCGUUCGGACUGGUCGGCCUGGAGGCCAUUGCAGCAGGCGUUCCUGUUCUUGUUUCAAGCAAGUCUGGGUUGGCAGACUUCAUUCAUGAACAUGUAGAUGAACUGCAUCAUUCGAUUGUUGACAUGGAUGGAAGUGACAUACAUGCCACUGUCAAAGUAUUGGCCCAGGGCAUUGAAAGAAUCUUGAAACACAACAAGACAGAAUUCAAAACAGCAGCAAGGGGCAAGCAGCAGCUUCUGUCCUCAAAGUACUGGGAAGAGUCUCAUUGUCAGUUCAUCCAAGCCUGUACAGAUGCAGGUCAUGAUUCACAACCUGCUACAGUUAAGAAGAGGAAGCACAGUGCUGCUUCUAUUGAAGAAGCUGGGGAAGACACAAAAGCCCUGAAACCAGAAGCAAUCAAGAAACUUGAGAAAGUCAAUGGAGUUAAUGUUAAUGGUGUGAAGAAAGGCUGCCUAGUAUUCUUCCUGCAAUGUACAGACUUGAAUGGACUUGGCAAAGUCUGGUUCAUGAACAAAACUGGGGCAUUGGACAGACUGCUGCAUAGUUGUUUGUUCAGAGAGAUUACUGAGCAGCUAGUCUCCACCAAGUCUAUUUCUGUGAAGGCAACCAUCCAUGUGGAAGACUUCAGAAAGGCCCUCAUCUACCUCCUUGCGACUGCUGCUCCCAAAGGCCUGGUCCGUAUCACUUCCAUGGACAACAUGAUGACCCUGACACCCUCCGUCAGGCAUGUGGACCAUGCUAGUGUAUUAUUAAGGGGCCUAGACCUGGCUGCAGUCACCAGAGAGGACCAUUCAGAUAAAACCAGGCCUGCCGAUGUCUCUACACUGAACUUCACAGUCAGACAAGUACAGAUGGCUCUAGAUCUGAGAACAAGAAGAGAACCAGAUUUGAACCACAGACUCCUGCACAAAGAACGUAUGAUGCGUGUCAGUUUAGAAAUUCAGAAAAGCUUGCUGGAAGACAAAAACCAGCAGUUAAACGACACAAACAGAGCUAGAGAAACCAAGAUUGAAGAACUGACAAAGGAGAACACAAAACUGUCUCGUCAGCUAUAUAUGGGUACUCCAAAACUGCAAGAAGAAGUUAGGAGGUUAAGAGAGAAAGGUGAAGAGUCACAGGAGCUUCUCUUGCAGAAAACACUGGAAAUAGAACAACUACAGGAGACCAACAAGGACAUGGCAAUUAGAAUAGAUGAGCUGUUGAGUGCCAUGCACAAAGUGAAACAGGAGAAAGAAAAGCCUAGGCCUGGGCCAAGACUGUUUGUAGCAGAAGAAAAGACAGAUGCUUCAGAUGAAGAGAGCAAAGGAGACCAAGCAGCUGCUGGAAAAGAUGAGGAAACACGGAAAUGGGAGGUGAGUGGCUACAUAGGCAUCAUGCCGGGUACUCCAGGUGCGGGAGCAUCCACCUUUGUCAACUCCAUCCGAGGGCUAAGGCCUGAUGAUCCAGAAGCAGCAGAGGUUAGCCCCCAGCAGGUCACGAAAAGAAUUGAUUUAUACCCCCAUCCUGUUCACACAAACCUCAUCAUAGUGGACUUCCCAGCCCCAGAAUGUACAUAUGGCUUAAUGAAUGUUGAAGUUGAGGAACAGAUGGACAAAUGCAAUGUUUUCCUUGUCUUCAUAAGUCAUCGUAUCCAAACCGAUGUGGUGCAGAUGGCACAAAAGGCUAGAGCAAUGGGCAAAAAGGUGCUGUUUGUUUGUUCCAAGUUUGAUGUCGAUAUCCGACACAAACAGUGGGAUGACCCAGAGUACUUUAGAGAAGGACAGGAGGAGGGUGAGAAACACCUUCUUCAGGAGCUGCUACAGUACUUAGUCAGAAUUCUUAAAGAGAUGCAGUAUGGACAUGUGGACACUGCAGAUGUCUUCAUUAUCAGCGGCUUGCUGGACCACAUCAUGCAGGGCAGGUGGGAUGCUCCCGCAUUGGAGCGUGCAAUUCUGAAGCACCUCUAUGUGAAGGAGCAGCGUAGCUUACCUCCAGAGCUGAACAACUGCUAG